CCGGCCUCCUUGGCUUAGACCGUGAGUGAGGUUGAAAUAAAAGGGUUUUUUGUGCCUAAUAUGGCUGUUCUGCAAUUUUAUGCGUUAUUUUCUCCUACACAAUUACCACAGCUUCUUAAAUUGGAUGGCAAAAUUCAGCAGUGCAGUGUAAGACUCCCAUUACCAAACUUUAUUCUGGUCUAUUCACACGGUACAUGGCCUGAUGAUCUCAAAGGGAAGUGCCUGUAUUGUGUUAUCAAACUCUCCGAAAAACAGAAGCCUUUCUGUAUUGGCAGUUUGUCAGAACAUCAAAGGUCAAUAUGCUGGCAGGAAUAUUGGAAGGAUGAUCUCCUUGUGAAGAGUGUGUUAAUGGCCGAUGAGGGACUUUGUGGACAGCUACAACUGACUUUAGAACAACCAGAUGAUCUCUCGCCAGUGUCAGCUACUAACAAACAGGACUUUAGCAACGCCGUCUGCAGACCACCACAGACAAUUUCAGAUCAACUACCAGAUGUCUUGGCGCAGACAGAUACUUGGUUGCCGGAUGAUAAGAUGGAAACCUAUGAGAGGAAUCUUCUGACUGAAGUUACACCGGUUACCACAGCAACCCCCAAAAGUGCACCUAACAAAACUUACAGAAGAAAAAGAAAUUCCAAAGAAAUUGAGGACGUACCAUCAUCACAAAAAAGAAAAACUUCUACAAAACUCUUUAAUGGGGUAAAGAACCAGAAAAAUAUGAAUGGGACGAAGUCAGCAGUCGGUAAAACUCUGAGUACUGUUAAGAAUAAGUCUGACAUGCAAGCUCCUAGUUGUAGAUGGGGCCAUGCAUUCUGUAAGACAACUGCUGGUGAGAUGCUGUUAGUUGGCGGACAAGGUGCAAAGCAGACGCUUAGUAGAGACUCGGUGUGGGUGUUGGAAAAAGAUGGCCUUAUAUGGACAGAGCCACCAAUCAAGGUUGAUUCCCACAAGCCUCAGUAUCGAGUGGGACAUACUGUAACCUAUGACCCCCGAGUUGACUGUGUGUAUGUAUUUGGUGGUUCAAAGAAUUUGCGGUGGUACAACGACAUUCAUGUUCUGGAUAUGAAAACUUGGACGUGGUCUUUGGUGAAGGCAAUUGGUAGAGCCCCCACAAGAGCGUACCACAGUAGCUGUCUGUUUCGUGAUGAGUUGUUUGUGUUUGGUGGCGUCUUCCCAAAUCCAGAUCCGAAACCAGAUGGUUGUAGUAAUCAAUUGCUAAUCUAUCGUUUAGAUACUCAGAAUUGGUAUGAACCUAUUGUAAAUGGGAAAAAACCAACACCAAGAUCUGGACACUCGGCAACCGUCAUAGGUGAUCAAAUGGUUAUUUUUGGCGGUUGGGAUGCCCCCUUGUGUUUCAACGACCUCAUCAUCCUAGAUCUAACUUUAAUGGAGUUCUCAACACCAGCUACACUUGGAACAGCGCCCUCUCCAAGAAGUUGGCAUGCAUCCUGCCGGUUGCCUGGCAACAGACUUCUAAUUCAUGGUGGUUACAAUGGCAAUGAAGCCCUUAAUGAUGCCUUUAUUUUCAGCCUAAAUGACCUUUUGUGGACACAAGUUGAGCUCCCAGUUCCAGCAGUCCCUAAAGCCGGACACACCUUAAUCUGUUGCUACAAUUUUGCAGAUGAAAAUGACAAAGAAAAUUUAUCAGAUGUAAUCAUGUUUGGAGGUGGUGACAAUGAAGAUAACUUCUUCAAUGAUACUUUUAUUUUCAAAAUGUGAAACAUUACCAAACCAUGACUCUAAAUUCUAUACAAUGCAUUCUACGAAAUAAAUCAAUUUCUGAAAUCUAAAAAAAGUAAUUUAUGUACAUAAUUUAAAGUUAAAAUAAUUUGUUUUGGCAUUAAAUAUCAAUAAUAUAAAUUUAACACUUAACUGCAUUACAUUUUAUAUUACCCAAUUGAACAAUUAUAUUUCUUCUGUAGUAAGGCCUGUUGUCUUAAAUUGCUGAAUUGGAUUCCUAUUUAUUGAUGCCAUGAUUUUUACUGUGGAUUAUUUGUGAAUAAUAACAUAAAAAAACAUAGGGCCAGUGUUGCUCCUAUCUUAUUCAGUAGUUUUUACAAUAAUUUUUAAUUGAGAAUUUGUAUUUGUAUUUUUUCUGCAGUAGGGCCCAUUUUCAGUUGUUGAAUUGUUAUAUUUUAAAUUUAUAUAUUUUUUAAUGGUUUCUCAAGAAUGCAGUGAUUUUUACUGUGGAUUAUUUGUGAAUGACAACAUAAAAAAAACAUAGGGGCAGUGUUGCUCCUAUCAAUGUUUUUUACAAUAAUUUUUAAUUAGGAAUUUGUAAUUUUAAAUUUGUGAUUUCUGUGUUUGUUAUAUUUAUUUGUAUAUAAUUUGCAGUUGUGUUAGCAGAAAUGGAACAUUAAACAACAAAGGAUCAGCUUUGAUCAUAAGUA